AUGCGCGUCAUAUGGGCUUACCACGAUUCAGACCCAGUGACUGUGACGAAUCUUCUGUAUCAUGGGAACGUGAACCGUGGAGCGAAGAGCAUGUUUCUUCUGGAGCCGGCUGAUAACCGAGUGAAAACCGUCACCAUACCGAGCGAUGCGUAUACCAUGGAAUUUGUACACAAUAAGGUCCGUGUACCAUCAACUUCUGACACUACAUAUUGGUGUUCAGGCUUCACGCUGCCCAGUUUUCCUGAGGUCCAUCACAUGAUCAAGGGAGAGCCAAUAGUUCCAGUCGGCCACGAAGCUCUCGUACACCACAUCGUAGUGUACGCCUGCAGCCAUCAGUUUAACUUCACCCAGUACGCCAAUUACAGUGAACCAUGUGACCUUCAGGCCAAUAUGCCUCCAGAUCUCAAGUUGUGUGUCCUGCUGUUGAUGGCGUGGGCA